UCUAGGCAAGCGCGAAGAAUGUUCAUGCCUUAAGCUUCUGGCUGACAAAUAUGUCUACACUGCUACAAUACCUCAAGCGCGAUGGCGGUCUCAUGAUUGCUGCUGCUGAAUACCACAUCGGGCUAUCCGAGCUUAUAUCAGAGACGUAUAUGCUUAUUAUAGCGGAUGCUCAAAAUCGCAUUGACAAGAUCUUGGAGCCGUCCAUGCUCGAACAUGAGCAAAUAGGAGAAAUGGAACAAGUCAGCUUUGUGGAUGAAUGGAGGUUCUUUAGGCGUGGGAGCAGUCGUCGACAGUCAACCAUCAUCUCUUCACCAGACCCAGCGACUAGCUUGAAGCGAACAGCUUCCUUAGCCAGUCGACCUGUGCCUGACUCGAAAGCAUCCAAAAACCUUUCACCGGUCUCCAUUAUAUCUUUAUUGUCAUCUACCAUUUAUGUUUUUAGAUCAUACCACGUACAACCUUCCAUCAUCGUGCAAGCAAUGGCACAAUUCCUGUAUUAUAUCUCUUGUGAAAUCUUCAAUCGCAUACUCGGCAACCGAAAAAUGCUAUGCCGAUCAAAGGCCCUUCAAGUCCGCAUGAACCUUUCCGUAUUGGAAGAAUGGGUCCGAUCACAGCGACUCCCACCCGGUUUAUUGAGUUGCUUUGAUCCUGUAACUCAACUGUUGCAACUACUACAGUGCCUCUCUCAACUCCAAGAAUGGGAUACAUUUUCUGCAACUGUUAACGAACUGACGGCUCUGAAUGCUUUGCAAAUUCGAAGAUGCGUUACCCAUUACAGAUAUGAAGUGAACGAAAUGAAACUUCCAGAGGAAGUUGAUGCACAGCUAGGAAGGUUACUGGAAUCCGGUAACCAGGCUAAUCAACAAAAAUUGAAAUGGGAAGAAUCAGCCAAUCGAUUGAGUACUGAUGUUGAAUCAGUAGAGUCGACUGGUAGUACUGAUAGGGAUUCAAUAACAUCCAGGCGAUUAUCCGGUGGUUGUUUUGAAAAUGACGAUGAAGAAAUUAGAGAACGACGAGAUUCCAAGUUCAUAUUGCCAUUUUCUCUUCCAACCUACUCUACUGAACAACAAGAUAUGUCAUCAAAGCCAGAAGGAAUUUCAUCUAUGAGUUCUCGUCAUGCGUUAACCCCAUGUAUACCAGAAGAUUGGAUGCGUCAGUUAGAUUCCAUUUGAUAAAAUACUAGAAUCUCACACCAACUGCCAUAUAGUAAUUGUUUAGUGCUUACCGAUCAUUUUUUUAAUACCUUUCUAGUAGUUUUUAGAGUAGGUUAGUGUUAUUUGUCGAUGUUGGAAAUUCAUAAAUCAAACCACGCCUCGAUACACACAACACUGGGUCAGUAAACGGUG